AUGUCGGUUCCUCCGCCACCACCCUCAAAUCUCCUCCGAUUCCGCGCCGCGCUCGCCGAGCCCAUCCUCGCGUCCUUCAUUGCUGGCGGUGUUGCUGGAGCGGUAUCCCGAACUGUCGUCUCUCCGCUCGAGCGGCUGAAGAUCCUCUUCCAGAUCCAGAGUGCGGGGCGGACGGAAUACAAGAUGUCCAUCCACAAGGCUCUGGCGAAGAUGUGGCGCGAGGAAGGGUGGCGCGGAUUCAUGGCCGGAAACGGCACGAAUUGUAUACGCAUCGUACCGUAUUCCGCAGUUCAAUUUGGAGCGUACAAUUUCUAUAAGCGGUUCUUCGAGGACGGUCCCGGAACGCCCUUGGGCGCGUAUCAGCGACUCUUCUGCGGAGGUUGCGCUGGCAUUACUUCCGUGACCUUCACAUACCCCCUGGACAUCGUCCGAACACGACUGUCCGUCCAAUCGGCAUCGUUCAGCGGCCUCUCGGAAUCGAAAAAGGCGGGCCAGAAGCUGCCGGGGAUGUGGGGGCUGAUGGUGCAGAUGUACAGGAGCGAAGGUGGCCUUGCGGCGCUGUAUCGUGGCAUCGUCCCGACCAUCGCAGGUGUGGCGCCAUACGUCGGCCUCAACUUCAUGGUGUACGAGACCAUGCGGACCUAUUUCACGCCGGAGGGGAAAAAGGAUCCCACUUCCAUUGGGAAACUGGCCGCCGGUGCGGUGUCAGGCGCGGUCGCUCAGACUUGCACAUACCCCUUCGACGUGCUGCGGCGACGAUUCCAAGUCAACACCAUGCCCGGCCUAGGCUAUAAAUACAAUUCGAUCUUCGACGCGUUCCGACGGAUCCUGACGCAGGAAGGCAUCAAGGGCUUCUACAAAGGAAUCGCACCCAACCUCCUUAAGGUUGCUCCCAGCAUGGCCAGCAGCUGGCUCAGCUUUGAAAUGACGAGAGAUUUCUUUGUCAACAAUGGUUCCCAGGAGCCAUCGUGA